AUACGCAGUUGUGAGCUGCUCCGGCAGUCUGUUUGGGAUUUCAGAAAUAUUUUUUCCUCACCUGUAGCUUCAGGAUUUAGACAGAGAGAGAGAGAGAGAGAGAGAGAGAGAGAGAGAGAGAGAGAGAGAGAGAGAGAGAGAGAGAGAGAGAGAGUGCCCCGCCGCAGCAGCAGCCGCUGACAUCAGGAUGGAGCAGCAUCAGCACCACAGGCAGAAGCGUCGCGAGCCGCUCCGUCCAGGUGGCGCGAGGAGGACGAGCUGAUCCCGCGCAGCAGAAGAAGGAGGAGGAGGAGGAGGAGGAGAAGAAGACAGGAGGAAGGCGGAGGAGGAAAUCCCGCGAGAAAAGAAGAGACAGACAGAUCCACGCAGAGAGCAGAGAGGAGAGCAAGUGAGAAACCGCCGCACGUGAGGUGCGUGAGACCCCCGGGGAGAGGGGACUAAUCGUUAAUUUGGAGGAGAGCAACGGUUAUUUUUCUUUUUUUUCCACACUGACGGAGAAAGAGGGUCUCCGAAAAAAGAUGAAUCCCAUGACACAGUUGUACUACAAGAAGGCGACAUACUCGCCGUACCGCGACCGCAUCCCGCUUCAGAUCGUCCGGGCUGAGGUGGAGCUGUCUGCUGAGGAGAGGGCCUACCUCACCGCUGUGGAGAAAGGUGACUAUGCGGGUGUCAAACAUGCCCUCCGCGAGGCGGAGGUCUACUACAACAUGGAUGUGAACUGUCUGGACCCGCUGGGCCGCAGCGCGCUCCUCAUUGCCAUCGAGAAUGAGAACCUGGAGAUCAUGGAGCUCCUGCUUGACCAUGGCAUCCACACCGGCGACGCCCUGCUCUACGCCAUCAGGAAGGAGGUGGUGGGCGCCGUGGAGCUGCUGCUGUCGCACAGGAGGCCUAGCGGCGAGAAACAGGUUCCCUCACUGAUGAUGGACAGUCAGUUUUCAGAGUUCACCCCAGACAUAACUCCCAUCAUGCUCGCUGCUCACACCAACAACUACGAGAUCAUCAAGCUCCUCGUCCAGCGGAAGGUCACCAUUCCCAGACCGCACCAGAUACGAUGUGACUGUGUUGAGUGUGUAUCCAGUUCAGAGGUCGACAGUCUUCGGCAUUCACGGUCUCGACUCAACAUCUACAAGGCUCUGGCCUCGCCCUCCCUCAUCGCACUGUCUAGUGAAGAUCCCAUCCUCACUGCCUUCAGACUGGGCUGGGAACUCAAAGAGCUCAGCAAGGUGGAGAAUGAGUUUCGUCAGGAGUACGAGGAGCUGUCGCAGCAGUGCAAACGGUUCGCCAAAGACCUUCUGGACCAGGCCAGGAGUUCCAGAGAGCUGGAAACCAUCCUGAACCACAGAGACAACGACCAGAGCGAGGAACUGGACCCCAGACAGUGCCACGACCUGGCCAAGCUCAAACUGGCCAUCAAAUACCACCAAAAAGAGUUUGUGGCCCAACCGAACUGCCAGCAGCUGCUGGCCACGCUGUGGUACGACGGCUUCCCGGGCUGGAGGAGACGACACUGGGCGGUCAAACUGGUCACGUGCUUCAUCAUCGGACUCCUGUUUCCUUUCUUCUCACUGAUCUACCUGUUGGCUCCUAAGAGCGCUCUGGGAAGCUUCAUCAAGAAGCCCUUCAUCAAGUUUAUCUGCCACACAGCGUCCUACCUGACCUUCCUCUUCCUCCUGCUGCUGGCCUCGCAGCACAUCGCCCGCACCAACCUGCACAUGCAGGGACCUCCACCCACCAUCGUCGAGUGGAUGAUUCUCCCAUGGGUGCUGGGCUUCAUCUGGGCAGAGAUUAAGGAGAUGUGGGACGGGGGAUUCACAGAGUACAUCCACGACUGGUGGAACCUGAUGGACUUCGCCAUGAACUCCCUCUACCUGGCCACCAUAUCACUGAAGAUAGUGGCCUACGUUAAGUAUAACUCCUCCCGUCCCAGGGAGGAGUGGGAGAUGUGGCACCCCACGCUCAUAGCCGAGGCUCUGUUCGCCAUCGCCAACAUCUUCAGCUCCCUCAGACUCAUCUCCCUCUUCACUGCCAACUCCCACCUCGGGCCCCUGCAGAUCUCACUGGGGAGGAUGCUGCUGGACAUCCUCAAGUUUCUCUUCAUUUACUGUCUGGUCCUGCUGGCGUUUGCUAAUGGUCUGAACCAGCUGUAUUUCUACUAUGAGACAAAGGCCUCAGAGGAACACAACAACUGCAAGGGCAUCCGCUGUGAGAGGCAGAACAACGCCUUCUCAACGUUAUUUGAAACUCUUCAGUCUCUGUUCUGGUCGAUAUUCGGGCUGUUAAACCUGUACGUCACCAACGUGAAGGCCCGGCACGAGUUCACAGAGUUCAUUGGGGCGACCAUGUUCGGGACGUACAACGUCAUCUCGCUGGUGGUUCUGCUCAACAUGCUCAUCGCCAUGAUGAACAACUCCUACCAGCUCAUCGCUGACCACGCCGACAUCGAGUGGAAGUUUGCCCGCACCAAGCUGUGGAUGAGUUACUUUGACGAGGGCGGCACGCUGCCGCCUCCGUUCAACAUCAUCCCCAGCCCCAAGUCCAUCUGGUACCUGCUCAUGUGGCUCCACAACAAGCUGUGCAGGAGAGGCCAGCCGCCCGGGGAGGACACGCACAAAUGUGAAAACCUCCGAGAGUUCACGGAACGCCACGCUGACAGUCUGAUACAGAAUCAGCAUUACCAGGAAGUGAUCCGGAGCCUGGUGAAGAGGUACGUGGCGGCCAUGAUACGCAGCGCCAAGACGGACGAGGGACUGACGGAGGAGAACUUUAAGGAGCUGAAGCAAGACAUCUCCAGUUUCCGCUACGAGGUCCUGGAUCUCCUCGGCAACCGGCGUCCUCCCCGGCGACAUUACUCCUCUUCCAGCGAGACAGCGAGAGACGAUGGCGCCAUGGCCUCGGAGGAUGACAGCGAAUCGGGUGAUGGCUGUGGAGGUGGUGGCCAGAGGUCAAAGGGCGUGACCUUCAUGACCCCGCUGGAGGACGAAGUGGGGCCGACACCGACGCUUGGCGUGUCCGCCUUGGUGCGCUCCAUUUCUGGAAUGACCCAGAUAGAAAGAGGGGGAGAGGGGGAGGAGGGGGAGCUGGAGGAGGGCAUUGGAUGGGGGGAAGAGGAGGAGGAAGAGGAGGGGAAACCAAAGAGCAACGGGCUGAAGACAACCGUCAUCCCUCCGUCCUCCACCACCGUCCUCCCCUCCCCGUCUUCAUCAUUCUCCUUGUCGUUCUCCUCAUCAUUCGCUCGUACGAGGAGCCGCAUGCAGCGCCUCUCAGCUCCGAGCGCAAAGACAGACUCUUUCAAGCGCCUCUCCUACCUGUUCUCACGCUCCAAACGCAAAGCCCCACCCAUGCCUCUCCCCCUCCAGUCCCCGCCCUCCUACACCAUCUCCGACGGGUUGCUCCGCCCCCUGGGGAGCCACAGCCACUCCGACUUCAGACUCAGUGACGUGACCAGAAGCGAGACUCACCUGAACGAGGUGGGCCGCUCAGUCGACAUCAAUAACCCCUCGUUCUCCCCGCGGAGAACGAACGGGCGGGACUCGCUCCUGACGCUGCCCCUCCCGCCCCCGUGCCCCUGCCAAUCCCUGCACUGUGCUUCCAACAUGUCCGAGUCCAGCUCGCGCCUCCUGGACUCCAGCGAGGACGUUUUCCAGGGCGGAGGCGUGGGAGGAGCGGGCGAGCGUGGCGUGGAUGGAGGAGGGGGAAGAGGAGGGGUGCUGAUGAUGGGCGGGUGGGUGGGACCCUGCGACGAUGUCAUAGAGGACAGCUGUGAGGUCAUAGAGGACUCUGUCACCACACAGCUAUAGGAGAGAGGGACAACCAAACAGUUUUUAUUUGUUUGUUUGCAAAUGGCUGAACGCAUUCAGAGAGAGAGAGAGAGAGAGAGAGAGAGAGAGAGAGAGAGAGAGAGAGAGAGAGGCGGGGGGACGAGAACCCAGCGGAAUCUGUUCUGGAACUCAGCAGGAUGGAUUCCGGGAUUCCACAGCGGAAUUCUAGAAUGCAGCAUUUCCGAGAACAGAGCAGUCCAGCGACGGUCCUGAAAUGGCAGAUGUUCACCAAGACAUCGUUUGGGUGUCUGGGAUUCCUCAGGGAAUAUAGCGCAGACACAUCAUUGUUCACUCUUGUCAAUUCAAAAAGAACGCCAGGCCCUAUACACGUUAACCAGUGAGCGAGGUACCAAGCUAACCUGCUACUGAGUGGGCUAACUAGCUGGACAGCGAGGGAGCUACCAAAGUAACCUGCUAGUGAGCUAAGUAGCGAGCGAUGUAACUUAAGAGCGGUUUUCAAGUCACUCAGACUGUCUUUCCUUUCACCAAGAAUGUGAGGUUCAUGACAUCCCUAAAUUGCAUGAAUUUGACUGGAAAAACUGGAUUCAAGAAUGUUUUGCUUCUAUAGUGUGUGGCCCACUGCAUAUGCUCGUUACUGUCUCAUUCCCUGAGCCUUUCCCGCUUUAGACUUUACAUGGCGAUAACAUCACACACACACACACAUAGAAAUAGCUUUUCUAGUCUCUGGGAAUAUUUUACACUCAUUAAACCCUCAUAGUUUAAAAGUUCAUAACACAAAGAGUAAUUAUUGACUUGUCAGCAGUUUCAUAUAUGUCUCCUUUUUAAUCGUGGUCUAUGGGGAAAAUGUUCAGGAGCUGCUGAGGAUUUUUUUUUUGUUGCCAUAUUGCAGUGAACAACUGGGACAAGUCGGCAGCAGGUCUGACUCGCUCUGCUGUUUCCACGCAGCUCUCUCAGCACAUCACAUGCACGGUGAGGACGAGGUCAACGGGCAUCUUCAUGGCGUUCACAAAUUUACACCAAACUGUCUUUAUAAACGUCUGCCAUUUUCCACACACGUCACAAGAGAAGCGAGAAGAGAAGAAUUAAAAGGAGAGCACACGUUCAUUCUUCUUUCCUCUGGGAGAUUCAAACACGCGUGACUAUUAUGGAAUUACAAGUAGCCAAAGUGACUUUUCAGAAGGGAAAUAUCGUUAAAAGUCCCUGUUUGGUUUUCAACACAUGAUGCUGUCUUUCCCUUUAACCAAACUUCAAAUCUGUAACAGAUUAAAAAUGGAAUUAAAUCCUGUUAAAACCACUGGAAUUUGAAUGGAACUACUGUGAAACUCAGCCAAAUGAAAUGUGACUAACUUAAAUUUGCAAAAAAAUUAACGGGACAAAUGGAAUAACCUCCUCUUGAUGGAUUUAACUCCGACCGAAUCACUGGGAUGAAAGGGAACGGCCUGGAAGCAUUGCUGUGCUGUCGAUAGCCUGCCCCCUCUCUCUCUCUCUCUGCAUCAACAAGGGCCAAGGAACUUUAUUUUAUCCUAAUAACAGUUAUACUAGUAAUAAUAAUAACGAUAAUAAUAACAGACUUCUAAUAGUAAUGAGGACUAUUCUGGUUUCUAAAGACUGUCUUUGCUUCUAUUUGAGUUGCCUAUGAUAUCCUGGCUUCUCGUUCAGCUCUUCCUUAAUAAGUACACUUUAACCUGAUGAAUACAAAUAUAUGGUGAUAUUUAUUGUGAGGAGGAGGGAUGAUGGAUGUAUGAAUGGGUGGAAAGGAGGAAGGGAGGGAGAGGGGGGGAAAGACAAAUGGAAAUGAACGCAGAACGUUUUCUGGAUGAAAAAUGAAGGAGAUGAAAGGAAGCAGCGAGGAGGCAAGGAGGAAGGAAUAAUGGGAGAAAAGGAAAGGAGGUAAGGGAGAAAGGGCUUGAGGUAGGAAAAAAGGUAAGGGGGAAAGAAAGGAAGAGGAAUGAAGGAAAGAUUGAUGGGUAGAUGGAGAAAGUAGAGACAAGUUUAAAUUUGGGAAAUCUAUUUUAAAGGGAAAUUUCACCAGAAUUUCAUCAUGAUUUUUUUUUUCUUGAAGUCGCCGCUCAGUGCAGCGACUUCAAAAGGUUGGCAUGAGCAGAGGCUGUUGAAUUUUACUCUGGUUACUAUACGACUGUCAGCGAUGAAGUAGAGAAAUUAUGCAUGUUUGAUCAAAAAAACCACCAUUACCUGCAACACACACACACACACACACACUCCAAAUGUCAGCUAGUGUGAUGAGUAGCUUCUGGCCAAAUGUGUUGCCCUUUUGUGAGCUCUCUCCAGAGUCCUCCACUGUCUCCCUCUUCAACAGGGUGACAUCAGCUGUCUCUCCGUCUUAUUUUACAUCCUUUCUUUCUCUUUCUCCCUCCCUUUCAAGAGAAAGGGAGGCAGUUUUACCUGUUUUGGUUUCUCCUUACCUUUAUUUCUUUUCCUAACCUACACCAGACAACACACACACACACACACACACACACACUCGCCCCUCUGGCAGAUGCUGCGACCUCACUACCAGCUGUCUUGGCGGUGAAGGCAGCAGAAAGCCCCAAUCCGUCGAUGAAUCAACGUCCCAAAAUGUCAUGGUGUAACCAUGGAGACCCGAUUACCCGCUCAACAUCCUGUAAUCAUAAUGUCACGUCCAGAACAGGGAGUCAGACGCCGCCGGGCAUCCUGGCGCUGGCAGCGGGGGUGCAGCUAAGUGGGUAGUGAUGACACCCGUCUCUUUUGUCUUUAAAAACAAAAUCAGUUUUAUGUAAAUUUACAUCCCACCAACAACACAGAAAGACAAAUGUGUAAAAGGGGAACAUCUAACUUUAACCCUUACUUUAACCACAAGAGUGUUUUGUGCCUAAUCAAAUCUUAACCCUAGAGCAGCUCAUCUGUUGUUAACCAACGGUGUUUUACUUACCUAAAUGUAAGGACUAGCUAACCUGUACCCUGACAUUUGAGUGUCCAUUUCACACUGUUGUCACAUAAUUAACAGCAUUAUUGUCAACUACACAUGGUGUUUUAUACUUUACGUUUUGCAGACUGCAAAAAUCUGAAAAAUUCUAAAAUUACACAAUUUUUAGAGGAAUGUGUGAGAAAAAAUAAUAUCAGGUCCUCGUGUUUUCUGAGUUUUAAAGCUGCACUAAUCAAUAUUGUUAUAUUAAAGACCCUGAAAAAGUAUUUUGUCAACUAGCUUCUUACUAUGAGUGAUGGGAUCCAAGUUUUAACAGUUUUUCACUGUUAAGCUCCUAAUAAAUAUAUUUAUUAGGAUGUUGUUGUUUUUUACUUUAAUUGUUGCCCAUUUAGUCAUGAAUAUUUUAUUUAUUUAUUUAAAAGGGGCUUCAACAAUGGAUCAAAUGACUAUAAUUAAUGUGAAAGGGGUCUCUUGUAGUGACAAAAUUUGCAGUCCCCCUCAGCGCUACUGCGCCUUUUUAGCCUCUUUUAGCUCUUUGUUGGGGUUUUUCGGACCUGCAGGCUCCACACACAUCAGCCUUGUUUGUCUUCAUCGGAAAAAAAGCUCUAAUAAACUCACUGUACACUACCUUUCCAGCACCAACCGUCAGACAGACAAAGUUAGCGACUAGCUGAUGAACGCAACACUAGCAGCUAAGAGCGACACACUUUUCUCUGAAGACCAAAACAGCUCAAAGGACAAUAUUGGACUUAUAUUUGUCAAGGGGACUAAACACAAAAUUAAUUCAAAAGUUGCUCUGUGUCUGCUGGACGUGUAAAUAGGCAACUGUUUGCUAACUUUUCCGCAAAACAAUUUUAUAAUGUGGUAAUAUGUCAGUGUUGUGUUUUCAGCUUGUUGCACUGUCCCCAAGUGGCCCAAAAAAAAUGUAAUCAAUCCAGUUUUAAUGCAUUGGGAUAUUAAAAAAAUGUAGAUUCAAAUUUAAUUCUCUUGUGAUCCUCUGCUCCACACAUUUAAUAAAUCAAUGGUUAAUCUGCCAGCUCAGUCUCACAUAGAGCACACUUGCUCUAUGGGUUUUGAGAGUUUAUUGAUUUUUGAAAACUGGUUCUUGAAGAGACAUCACAUGUAAUCAGCAUCAUUGACUAAUUCUGAGCGAAGGAAUUAAAGCUCAAGUGAGCUUUAGAUUUAAGAUCACGAUUAAAUAACUAAUGUUCGGGAUAGCAAAAGUUGGAGCCACAGAAGGAACAAACUGCUGUUUCAGGAAAGUGAUUGUGUCUGACAGAGAAGGUGAAUAAGGAAAGGAUGGAGAGCGGCCAGGUGGAGAGGUGGAUGUGUUUUGCUCAGCAAAACAGUAAAAGUGUCCCGUCCUGCUGCAGCAGCCUCGAUCCCCAAAAUGGUUUAAACAUAACUUUGUUGCAACUUCUCAUUAAUAAGAAUGGAACAAAAAUGAGAUUUUAGCUUUUUUUUAAACAGAAAGUGGAGCAAAAUAAAAUAAAAAUGUUUCAGUGUGAUGUGAAAGCCUCAUAAUUUCAUUAUUUUCUAUAUUUGAGCUCAGCUUAGCAUUGACGUUGCUCCUCUCUUGGUUGACAAAACUCCACUAAACUAAACUGUUGUCCAUUAAAACAAAGAAAUUCGUCAAGAUGAAAGCAAUGCUCCUAUUCCCCAGCAGAUCUAAUAUCCACUUCAACUCAGCAAGACACAUGGAGACUGUAACUGCAGAUAAAUCAGAGAGCAGGAAGGGGGGGGGGAUUUUCUUGGUUACCACGGCAACCAGCCUGCUCACCACCCCAUAAUCAGGGCUGCGCAGUGCCACACAUGCACCGCGUCAGAGGGUCUAAUAAUCAAUCACUCUGAUAGAUCAGUAUUGAUAAUGCUUGGCUGAUCUUGGGCCUUUUUAACUCGCUGCUGUGUGUGUGUGUGUGUGUGUGUGUGUGUGUGUGUCGCACAGGGAUUAUUGAUCCAUAAUUAAACUGUGUUGAGCCUUUGAUUGAUAUGUAGAGGACUUGUAAACACUAUACACACAAUAUAUAUAUAUAUGUGUGUGUGUGUGUGUGUGUGUAUUAAAGACUGAUUAAUAAUGAUCAUUAAGGUAGUUAUAUCUGAGGAGAUGAAAGUGUUUUGAAAAAAGAUAAAAGGAAGGAGGGUUGAAUGAAAGGAAAGAAGUGCAUGCGUGUGUGUGUGUGUUGAGAGAGGAACUAUGCAAUAGAGAAACAAACUGAGCAUCAUUGAAGACGACUUCUUAAGGGACAGAUGGGACAACACACACACAUAGAGCAGAUACUUUGAUAGCAAUAGGCGUGAGGAAGGGAAAGGCACAAGGUUCAUUCAUCUCAUGCAUUAUUCACGCGCACACAGACAUAUAAUCACUGACCGGCUGCAGGUUUGACUGUAAAUAGUUUGAGGUGGCUGCAGCCUCCAGUCCACUUUAAUAACCCUGUGUGAUCUCUGUAAUGUGAAUCUCACACACACACACACACACACAAAGACACACAGAGAGCUAAUAGUCCUGUGUGGCUUCACUCUGCCUCCACGGCAACCAGCCUUGUCCACUAGUGUGUGUGUGUGUGUGUGAGAGAGAGAGAGAUGGUUGUCGCAUCACAUGACGCUGAAUCCAUCAGAACAGGCUGUAACAAACCACGCGCACACAUAAAACAUGCACAACAACAAACGUUCUGUACAUUAAUAAUACUUAAAGGCGUGCUUUAAAAUGCAGUUAUAAUGCAUGAAGACCACUGAAGACAAACUGACAGUGCUCUGGUUGAGUUUUCAUUAGUAAGACAGAAAUAGUGACGAUGUAGGAGGAGAGACAGAAUGGUUCUCACACUCAGAUUCAAAAACCAUUUCAAGCUCUUGUGUAACAGAAUUUUAGGACACUAAAUAGAAAAUGUUUUGUUCGGCUAAGACGUGACAUUCAUCAAAAUUCGACGCCACAGAUUAAAUCGUGUUAAAAUGUGUAUUUCCAAGUGUAUCACAGUGGCAUUAACUCUCACCUCGUUCACACGUGGAUUUAAAGGUGGCAGCCUCGUGUCUAAUGUGUUUGUGUAAUGUGUUUUUAGGCGUGCUUGCGCUGAGCACUAAUUCACACACUCAGCUUAGAUUUGGCAUUAGAUUAGGUUAUUUUCUGACGUUGCCACCAUACUGCUGCACGACAGAGCAGUUCAUUUCCCAAGCGAUGUGUUUCCAUGAAUUGAUUGGUCCCCCUCUCGUUCAGACAGACUUCCAGCCGACAUGGCCCGGGUCGGGCCAAUCACAACCGUUUAUCUCACACGGGGCGGGCUUGAUACGAUGACUGUACAGAGGAGCGCCUUUGAGGCAUUUUCGGAAACAUCCAAGAUGGCUGCUGCUGAUGUGGAACGUCUUGAAUCCGCUAACGCAGUAUUAAACGAACUGGACCUCUGGAUUCUGAUGGCAAAAACCGUUGCUCAGCGCUACAUCACACGUUUCGUUGCUCUGAUUGGUUGUAGGUCCAUCCAAUUGCGUCCAGAGGCAUUUUGGUCUGCGGCUUGGAAAUCAAAAAUGAACUGAGAGGUUCCAGACUACAUAUUUGUGAAUUGGUCUGGCGAUGGCAGGCUAGUUGAUAUCACCACUGCAACGCUAAAAGGUCAUAUUGACCAUGAUCAGGCCGAUCGUGCUUUAAUUAUAUUCCCAGCAGGAACUGUGUUUACAUCCUUUCAUUUACUUUGCGAUGUAGAGCGAUGAUGGGCGACGCACAUACUUACAGGACUGGAACAACAUUCAGGUCACUUCUGUUUCGGCUUGUCUAAUUACUGAACAGGAGACUACUGCAGUGCAGACACUGGGUUUACGUUGUUUCCUUCACUGCGACAGAGAGCAGUUACCGCAGUGAGCAGAAGGUUUGCAGUGGGAAUGUCUUUGCUAGAUGUGUGUUACUGAAAAGCAGCAGAGCACCGAGUCUUUCUUCAUCUUGUUUAAUGUUGUCUUCACUCUCAUCAGUCUCCACUGGCAUCGCAACCUUGUAGGAACAAACUGACCAAUCACGUUUCCCCCGAUGUGCAGUUACAGUUUUGAGAAGGUGCACAUUAGCUACGCCAGCUUUGUGCAGAUGAUCUGAAGAUGAACUGUAACACACAAGCUGUAAAUCUGUUAAAAUGGCUCCCAACAGCACUGAACACAUUUAAAGGUUCACAAACGGAUGUGCAACCUCUAAAUCUAAAACUGAUCUAAAGCUACUAAACUGUUAUUUUACAGCACACAACAUAAAAGUAGUUAGAAAGGUAUACAUCCCAAAUCAAGAGUUCUAAUAGCCAGAACAGGUGGUGGAGUAACGUUUCAGUUAUUGGUAUCGAUCAAUAAGCAAAUCCCAGUAUAUAUGGCAUGGUAAUUUUGUGAAGUGGUAGUAAAAAUCUGAUUUGCAAAAUAAUUUGGCAUGGCUACUCAUCACACAGACACAUGCACACACAGUGACAAACACACACACAUACAUAUACAGUACAUAUAUAUGGCAUCAUUCAGGUUCCCCUCUCACCUUCUAAAGGGAUUUUGAGCUUUAAGAAUAAAAACCUGUCCUUGUUUUUCUUUGUUUUUUGGAUUUCCACAUGGAUGAAUGUAUGACUGUGUUAUUUUUCUAGAACCGGACGGCUAGCGCACGUUGUUGACUCUUUAAUAAAGGCAUCCUUAGAAAA